AUGCUACUGGACUGGGGCGACUUCCCCUUCAACAAAACUCCCCUCAUCUGCCUGCACGGCGGCCCUGGCAUCGGUUGUGCCGAGUCUACUCAUUUCCGCGACAAGAAGGGCGACCACGAGUUCUGGACUCCUCAGCUGUUCAUGGCCGAGCUCGAUGACCUCAAGACGCAUGUCGGCAUUGGGGCCUUCGACCUCUUGGGUCAAAGCUGGGGCGGUAUGCUUGCAGGCCAAUACGCCAUUGAGAAACAGCCAAAGGGUCUGCGAGAGCUGAUUAUCGCGGACUCGCCCGAGAAUGAGCUGCCGAAGGAACUCCGUGAAACACUAGAACGGUGUGAAAGAGAUGACAAGACGGAUACACCAGAGUAUGAGGAAGCCGUCAUGUACUUCUACAGGCUACACAUCUGCCGUCUUGAGCCAUGGCUAAAGGAGCUGGAAGACUCAUUCGCUGAGCUCGAAGAGGACAACACUGUGUACUACACCAUGAACGGCCCAAGCGAGUUCUACGUCAUCGGUAAUCUGAAGGACUGGAACAUCGCAGAAGGCUUGAAGAAGAUAACAGAGAAGACGGCGCCAGGCGGUGUACUGGUUGUGAAUGGAUAUUAUGAUGAGGCACAGGAUGAGACCACAGAAACAUACUGGAAGCACCCUAGUGCCAGAACGAAGUGGAUUCGAUAUCCGCUGAGUUCGCAUAUGCCGAUGCUUGAAGAGACGGAAAGGUUCCUGGCGGAUCUGGGGAGGUUUCUGAAGAGCGAGUAG